UGAUGAAGUCCAAGGGCAAGGCCGUGGUGAAGGAGGGGCCGAAGGGGCCGGAGGUGUGCACGGACCCCGUCAUGCUCACCACCUACGCCAUGGGAGUCAAUUACUUCAAGGAGGGCCCCGAGGUGGCCCUGAAGCCCGACUCCGAGUACCCCGACUGGCUCUUUGAGAUCCACCUCGGGCCCCCCAAGAAGCUGGAGGAGCUGGACCCCAACUCGAUCGAGUAUUGGAGGCGCCUGCGGAAGUACAACACGUGGCACCGCAACAGGCUGAAGAAGGGCAAGAAGCUGUAG